UUUAUUCUUUCGCAAUACAAGGGUAUAUUUCUUUCCUCAACCUGUUAAAACUGAUAGCUUCACUACAGCCAGCAUCAGUUCUUCUACAACGUUGAACAAGUAAAGUUCAAUUAAAUCAAACAAAAGUCAAUCAAUUAGGCGUAUCUUUAUAUUUUUGGAUGAUAAUGUAUGCGCAAACAAGCCGACAACUUGACCAAAUGGAUGCUGAGAAGGGAGAAGAUUAUUCACUUCUUAGUAGCUCACCUCCAGACACGCCGAAGCUUAUCCAUGGCGGAAAUUAUAUCAAAGAGGGCAGAGAUUCAGCUAAAAGUACUUGCUUAAUUUUUUCUCCUACAGAAGAAGAUGAAAUUGGAUCGUUAGGAAGAUAUCUACAACUGUUCGCCAAACACAAAGUGAAUCUCUUGCACAUCGAAUCCAGAAGUUCUCUUCGACAAUCAAAUGGCUAUGAAUUUAUGGUGGAAUGUGCACCAGGUGGUAAUAUAGCCUCCGCAAUUGAAUCUUUGCGAGAUCAAUGCAGUUACUUUUCGAUUAUUUCUAGAAAUCACAAAGAUAAUAUAGAUACGGUACCAUGGUUUCCGAGGAGAAUACGUGAUCUUGACAAAUUCGCUAAUCAAAUUUUAUCAUAUGGUGCUGAGCUUGAUAGCGAUCAUCCUGGUUUCACGGAUCCCGUAUACAGAAAAAGAAGAAAAUAUUUUGCUGAUAUUGCUUAUAAUUACAAGCACGGACAACCAAUUCCAAGAGUGGAUUAUACGUCUGAAGAAAUAGCUACAUGGGGUGUAGUCUUUAAAAACUUGACCAAACUUUAUCCGAAAUAUGCUUGUAGAGAGCAUAAUCACGUUUUCCCACUGCUCAUCGAGAAUUGUGGCUAUCGAGAAGACAAUAUACCUCAACUUGAAGAUAUAUCUAAUUUCUUGAAAGACUCUACUGGUUUCACACUUCGUCCAGUGGCAGGAUUAUUGUCUUCACGUGAUUUUCUCGCCGGAUUAGCCUUCAGGGUAUUUCACAGUACGCAAUACAUACGGCACAGUAGUAAACCUCUCUAUACGCCGGAACCGGAUGUAUGCCACGAGAUUUUAGGUCAUGUACCACUUCUUGCCGAUCCAUCCUUUGCACAAUUCUCACAAGUUAUCGGUUUGGCAUCCCUUGGUGCUCCAGAUGAUUACAUAGAAAAACUUGCAACGUGUUUCUGGUUUACGGUUGAAUACGGAUUGUGCCGGCAAAAUGGUGAAUUAAAGGCGUUUGGUGCCGGUUUACUUUCGUCUUUUGGCGAAUUAGAAUAUUGUUUAAGUGACAAACCAGAACUCCGACCUUUUGACCCGCCAAAAACUGCAUUGCAAAAAUAUCCGAUAACAGAAUAUCAACCCGUAUAUUACGUUGCCGAGAAUUUCGAGGAUGCAAAAGAAAAGAUGACGAAAUUUGCUGAAACUAUACCGAAAAAAUUCGGAGUUAGAUAUGACGCUUAUACGCAGAGUAUCAAUAUUAUCGACAGUAAACAACAAGUCGAAGAUCUCGUAAAUAAUGUGAAUCAAGAAAUUCAAAUUUUGAUGGAUGCUUUGAGGAAAUUGCACCAUUAGAAUUAAUUUUAGUCGAUGUGUAUUUGCUCGCUUAAUGUGCUUUACAUGAUGUAUUCUAUAUAAUAUCAUAAUUUGUUUGCAUCAUUGAAAUAUUAUCGUAUUGAUAUGUUGCAAACAAAUUGUGGUGUUUGUUAAAAUAAUAUCUUCAAACAAUGAAAACUGUUAUUUU